AUGGACAACAUCGACAAGGAAUACGAUCACGUCCUUGAAAACUAUCACUAUUGCACGAAAAAGGUUGAGAGUUAUAAAACCACCGAGAGACGCCUACUUCCAGAAACUCUUGAGCUAAUACACCAGCGUGGAGUUGGACGGAGUGCAGGCAACCAAAAACUCACAUACAAGCUCGCAAGGCUUUGCAGAGACCGUGAAGAGACAAGAACAAGAACAAUGGUGGCUGAGGUUGGUUGCAGAGCAUUCGUGGUCCCCGCCAAUCACAAGACAAAGAUGACUGCUCUCGGAACCCAAAUGGAACAACCAUUGUAUCGAGAAGAGGAAUGGAAAAAAUCAUUCACGACUUCUACUCUGAUCUCUUCGACAGCUGAUGCACUUGCGUCCUCGCCACCAGAUUGA